GCGCAGAGCCGGCGGGGCACGACGGGCGCGCUCGGCGCGGGGAGCGGCGAUGGCGCUGGCAGCAGGUUCCUGUGCCGGGCGAGAGCAGAUGGCGGCCCUGCUCGUCCUCUACCUGCCCCUCCUGCCGGGGCUGGCCGGCGCCUUCAACCUGGACACGGACAACGUGAUCAGCUGGAGCGGGGAGACGGGGAGCCUCUUCGGCUUCUCCCUGGCCAUGCACCGGCAGCUGCAGCCGCAGGAGAAACGGCUACUGCUGGUUGGAGCUCCUCGGGAAAAGGCCUUUCCAGCCCAACAAGCCAACAGAACAGGAGGGCUGUACAGCUGUGACAUUGCCUCUCCAAAUACAAAUUGCCUGCGUGUCAAAUUUGAUGAGGAGACUGACCCAAAGAUGGAGAGUAAAGAAGACCAAUGGAUGGGUGUAACUGUUCAGAGUCAGGGGCCAGGAGGAAACGUGGUGACGUGUGCACAUCGCUAUGAGAAAAGGCAGUAUGUAAACACAGUGCAGGAAACCCGGGAUAUCAUUGGAAGGUGCUAUGUGCUGAGCCAGGACCUCACUAUUAAGGAUGAUAUGGAUAAUGGAGUAUGGAGUUUUUGUGAUGGUCGUUUAAGAGGCCAUGAGAAGUUUGGUUCCUGUCAGCAAGGUGUUGCUGCUACUUUUACUAGAGACUAUCAUUAUAUUGUGUUUGGUGCCCCAGGCACUUACAACUGGAAAGGGGUGGUUCGUGCAGAGCAAAAGAAUCAGACAUUUUAUGAUCUGGGUAUCUUUGAUGAUGGGCCUUACGAAGUUGGUGAUGAGAGCCGCCAGGAUAAGAAUCUAGUUCCUGUUCCAGCUAACAGUUACUUAGGUUUCUCUUUGGACUCUGGUAAAGGAAUUGUCUCCCAAGAUGAGAUGACUUUUGUCUCUGGUGCCCCAAGAGCAAACCACAGCGGAGCAGUUGUUUUACUAAAAAAAGAAAAAAAUCAGAGAGCACUUUCCCUGGAGCACAUGUUUGAAGGAGAAGGGCUGGCCUCCUCUUUUGGCUAUGAUGUUGCUGUUGUGGACCUCAACAGUGAUGGCUGGCAGGACAUUGUUGUCGGGGCCCCGCAGUACUUUGACAGAAGUGGGGAUAUCGGGGGUGCCGUGUACAUCUACAUGAACCGCCAAGGCAAGUGGGCAGGGGUGAAGCCUCUUCGCUUAAACGGAACCACUGACUCCAUGUUUGGACUUGCAGUAGAAAAUGUUGGGGACAUUAAUCAGGACGGAUAUCCAGAUAUUGCAGUUGGGGCUCCAUAUGAUGGUUUUGGCAAAGUAUACAUUUAUCAUGGAUCUGAGAAUGGAAUAAAUACGAAACCAGCACAGGUUCUUGAUGGUGAAAAAACAAAGACCAAUUUCUUUGGUUACUCUAUUGCUGGAAAUAUGGACCUGGAUAAAAAUUCCUACCCUGAUGUUGCUGUUGGUUCCCUGUCAGAUUCUGUAAAUGUGUACAGAUCUCGGCCUGUGAUAAGCAUUAGAAGAAACAUUACAGUACAGCCUGAUAGAAUUGAUCUAAAGAAGAAGAACCCUGAGGACCAGGCUGAAAUCAGGAUGGAUGUGAAAGCAUGUUUUAAAUAUACUGCAAACCCCAGAGAUUUAAAUCCAAGAAUAAAGAUCAAUUACACGUUUGAAGUGGAAAAUGAGAGGCGGCAGCUGGGCCUGCCCUCCAGGGUGCGCUUCAGUGACCACUCGUCUGAUCAGUUCACUGCAAGUACAACCCUCAGGGGACAGAACUCGUGGGAGUGUGUGACUACAAAGCUCAUACUGCAGGAAAAAAUUAAAGAUAAGCUACGUCCCAUUCCAGUAUCAGUCAGUGUUAAAAUUGCUGGCCUGGAGUCACCAUCCAAGAGAAAAGAGAGUGCACUUCCAGAUCUUACACCAAUUCUAAAUUCAAAUGAAUCUGAAACAGAGACCACAAAAGUGGAGUUCUUAAAAGAAGGAUGUGGAGAAGACAAUGAAUGUCACAGCAACCUUAAGCUUCAGUACCGGUUUUGUACGAGAGAGGGAAAUGAAGACAGGUUUACUUAUUUACCACUUGAAAAGGGCAUGCCAGUGCUUGUUCUGAAAGACCAGAAAGAUAUUGCCCUGGAAAUAACUGUGACAAACAAUCCAUCUGAUGUAAAAAAUCCACAAAAAGAUGGUGAAGAUGCAUAUGAAGCUAAACUAAUUGCAACUUUUCCAGACAGUCUGACAUACUCUGCAUUCAGAGAGAUGAGGGGUUAUCCUGAGAAACAGCUAACAUGUGGUGCUAACCAAAAUGGUUCUCAAGCAGAGUGUGAACUUGGAAAUCCUUUCAAAAGAAAUUCUAAUGUAACCUUUUAUCUGAUCUUAAGUACCACUAAGGUUAAUGUUGAUACAACAGACCUAGACAUUAACCUGAAGCUGGAAACAACAAGCACUCAAGUUAAUUUGACUCCAAUUACAGCCAGUGCUAAAGUGGUUCUUGAAUUGCUUUUAUCACUCACUGGAGUUGCUAAGCCUUCUCAGGUAUAUUUUGGAGGUAACAUCAUUGGUGAGAGUGCAAUGAAAUCUGAAGAUGAUAUUGGAAACCUCAUAGAGUAUGAAUUCAGAGUAACUAACUUGGGCAGACCACUGAAAACAUUUGGCACUGCUUCCCUGGACAUCCAGUGGCCAAAAGAAAUUAGUAAUGGCAAAUGGCUGCUUUAUUUGAUGAAAAUAGACUCCAAAGGCUUGGAAAAAGUCUCCUGUCAACCUGAGAAUGAAAUCAACAGUUUGCGUGUUGCGGAAUCCCAUAACUCAAGACGGAAGCGUGAAGUUGCUGAGAAGCAGAUUACAGACAGCCAGGCAUUUUCCUUAUUCUCAGAAAGAAAAUACAAGACCUUGAGCUGCGAUGUGAAUGCACGUUGUGUGGAUAUAAAGUGUCCCCUGAAGGGUUUAGACAGCAAGGCAUCUAUUGUGCUGCGUUCCAGGCUGUGGAACAGUACUUUCUUAGAGGAAUACUCAAAAAUGAAUUACCUUGACAUUCUUGUUAGGGCUUCUAUCAGUGUUCCUGCUGCAGCUAAGAAUGUUAAACUCACAAAUGAAGUUGCUCAGGUCCGUGUUACUGUAUUUCCUGCAAAACCAGUAGCCCUUUAUACUGGAGUUCCGUGGUGGAUCAUUGCGGUGGCUAUCCUUGCUGGAAUACUCAUGCUUGCACUGUUGGUAUUCCUACUAUGGAAGUGUGGUUUCUUCAAGAGAAAUAAGAAAGAUCAUUACGAUGCCACAUAUCACAAGGCUGAGAUCCAUGCUCAGCCAUCUGAUAAAGAGAGACUUACUUCUGAUGCAUAGUACUGAUCUACUUCUGUAAUUGUGCGGGUUCUUCCGGCGUUCCAGGUACGAAGACAGUGUCCCCCGCUAUCACGCUGUAAGAAUUCGGAAAGAGGAGCGACAGAUCAAAGAUGGGAAAAGCCAAGACCUUGAGACAAAACAGUGGUUCACCAAAUGGAAUGAAAAUGAAAGUUAUUCUUAGGCAAAAAUACUGUUUCUCCACAAAGUUCAGAUAGAGGUUAAGGUUUUCACUCAUGGAAUACUGAUGGAGUUAGAUCUGUGAACACUAUAUACAUUCACCAUUUGAUUGUAGAUAUUACUACUAUUAUUGAGGCUUUUAUUUGCACAGUUAAAAUGGCUUCAACAGACUUCAUUUGCCUUAUUUAAUUUCCACACUGCCUCUUCAUCCCCCUUAAAUCUAACCCACACUUAAGAUGAUAUUAUGCUGAUGUGUGGGGUCUUUUCUGCAAAAUAAGCAAAACCACUACAGCAGACCUGAUCCUCCUUUGAUCCUGUCUUUCUUCCUAGUUAUUUAAGGCAUGCAUGAUUAAGGUCAAGAUGAGUUCUCCAUUGUUCCUUCAAUACACAGAGCUUUAUAAACACACAGUGGCCUUAUCAAACUUCGUUCAAGUAUAACUGAAGACCUGCAAGUCUGCUUUAGUCAUAACCUUUGCCUGCUGCAGUAGUUAGGUCUUAACAAAAAGCAUCAUCUUAAAUUACACGUGCACUGGGUCAUGUUGCUUGACUUUGGGUUCUUUUUUUUUAA